AUGAAUGGAUGGGAUUCGCUUUCACUUCACGGCCUCGUCGACAUUGCCAUCAGUUCAAUGGCACCAGGCCGUUUGAGUCGAUGCUGCCCUAGCUCCCAUCCAGUCGCUGGAAAAGAACUACAGAUUGUUGGGGGCAUCCGGGUCGGUCAGCUGAGAAAUGCCCAGCAACCUUUGCUACAAGGUGCACCAUGGCGAACGAUUCCAUUCAUGCUUGUGAGCACGCGGAUAAUAUCACCUGAAACAACAAAGCAGAGUGAUACAGUAGACUAUACAUGCGAUUCCAUUUUGGGAUCCUCAGAGGAACUCCAUUUCCUCCAGGCUCAUAAUGCUUCUCAAGGUGGACCAGAAACAUAUGCGCCUGCAUGUACCAAUGAAACCCGGAUAUCAACGCGAGAAUGGAAAAAUCAAGAUGUGGACAACUAUUUGCUCAACUACCCUGGUGGUCAGGAGAUGAGCUUUGCGCAAUUCACUAAUUCUAUUGGAGUUUUGAACUUUCGAUGUGGUCUUGGUCAAGAAUGCCUGGCCGGACAACUUUGCCAAAGUGGGAUUAAGCCAAUUGAUUGGGAAAUCCUUUACGCCGUGCAACAAUGGAAUUUUUGGAUGAAUAGCAUGUAUCAAGCAUCAGCCUUUGCAAUCUCAAUGGUCCAAGAAGCGAUCUCUUCGCUCAUCGUUGAUCUUGACCUCCCUAGGGCAGUUAAAGACACCUCUUACAGGGAAGCAAUAUCGAUUUUAAUCUUCAGCUUCCUGGGUGCUGCCUUUGCCGGAUUGAUCCUUACACUGUACGCCGGAGCAGUUAUUGCAGCAUUAGCAACUUCACUGGUGGCUACUUCCAUUUGGAUGAGAGCAACCGACGACAGCCUCUCUGAGAUCAUUCGCUACGAUUGGAACGAAAUCUCAUACUAUUUCCCAAUUUGGGAAUCUAGACUUCAUUCAGGUUUAACUAAUUACUCAGAUCAAACAUUGAAUUCACCUUUAAGUUCUCAACAAGGUAUCUUUGGUGCAAUCAAAGGCGGUGAAUUUGUUGAUUUGGAAUUGCGAUCCAAACAUACGGUUUCAGAAUUACAGCAAGGCUUGAAAACGGUCAUCCUCACACGAGCAGUUGUCUUGAUCCUUCGCUCAAUGAAUGCUUUCAUAACCCGAGGAAAGGACAAAUGCACGGAUCGUGGUCUAGGCGGAGCUUGGCACAAAGUAGACCGCAUAUCAUAUUGUGACGAGAAUGGAGUAAUGAUGAAUAUCAUCCUAGCAGAUGAAAACAGAUCUGUCAAUUCAAUUCAUAACGGUCGGCUAAUUUCGAUGAAAUACGGUCUGACGGCUGAAUUCCUUACUGUAUCAUCGUGGACAUGUCAACAAACCUACAAUGGAACUUUUGCCCCUGAUCCUUACAACAAAUUGGCAUUCCCAAGUGAUCCAAAUGCUGAAUGUGUAGCCAACUUACCCGUAUGUGAUUGCACAACACCAGAAUUCCACAAAUUGAAAAAAUCCGGGAAGACUACUGUUGAAGCCUGUAGAAAACUAGGACUACCCAUCUGA